AUGGCUUCCGGGGACACGGCCGCCAUUGACACGAUCGACGUCGAGUCGGCACUGUCGACCAAGAAUUCCGAGUUUACGAGCAGCAGUAAGGAUCCGCCCCAGGAGCUGGAUGAAUAUGGGAAGUUCAUCAAGGAUACACCGGGAAAGUUCAUCAUGGCCGAUGGGAUGUCUGGCGAUCAGUCGCUGGCCGCGCGGCCACUCCGGCCCAAGUCGGACAAGGAGCGCAAAAUCGGACACCGGCGGGUUGGCGAGGGCGGCGAGAUUACGUACAAGAAGAUCCAAACGACCACGAUCAUGGGAUCGAUCCAGCUCGGUAUCCAGCACACGGUGGGCAGUUUGGCGUCGAAACCGCGGCGUGACUUGCUAAUGAUGGACUUCUGGGAGCUGGAAACGAUAUCGUUUCCACCGGAGGGUUCCAGCAUGACGCCCGCCCACCACUAUAGCGAGUUUAAGUUUAAAAUCUACGCCCCUAUUGCGUUCCGGUACUUUCGGGACCUGUUCGGCAUCCAGCCAGACGAUUUCAUGAUGUCCAUGUGUUCAGCUCCGCUACGGGAACUGUCGAACCCGGGGGCGUCCGGUUCCAUCUUCUACCUGACAGACGACGAUGAGUUUAUCAUCAAAACGGUGCAACACAAGGAGGGCGAGUUCCUGCAGAAGUUGUUACCAGGCUACUACAUGAACCUAAAUCAAAAUCCCCGCACGUUGUUGCCGAAGUUUUUCGGUCUCUACUGCUACCAGUGCAAUAGCAAAAACGUUCGAUUAGUCGCCAUGAACAACUUACUUCCCUCCUACGUUAAGAUGCACCUGAAGUACGAUCUCAAAGGUUCCACCUACAAGCGCAAGGCGAACAAAGCGGAACGAUCGAAAUCGUCGCCCACCUACAAGGACCUGGACUUUAUGGAGCAACAUCCGAACGGUCUCUUCCUGGAGGCCGAAACGUACAGUGCGCUGAUCAAAACGAUUCAGCGCGACUGUCGGGUGCUGGAGUCGUUCAAAAUCAUGGACUACUCGCUGCUGAUGGGCAUCCACAACCUGGACCUGGCGGUGAAGGAAAAGCAGGAGGCGGCAGCGAAGGCACGGUCCGAAGGCGAAUCCGACUACGAGGAUGCACCCGAAGCCGACCAGUACAUGGUGCAGGAGCGAGAAGAGCAGCGUACGACGGCCCUCAACCGAAGCAGGCACACUACCUAUGGAAAGAUGCUGAUUAGGUCUAUAAACCGGCAAAGGCUUGUUGCGCAUUCGACAGCAAUGGAAAGCAUUCAGGCCGAAAGUGAACCAAUCGAUGAGGAGGAUGACGUUCCUCCCGGCGGUAUACCUGCGCGUAGUGAGAAAGGCGAACGGUUGUUGCUGUUUAUCGGUAUCAUAGAUAUUUUGCAGUCGUACAGGUUACGGAAAAAGCUGGAACACACAUGGAAAAGUAUUAUCCACGAUGGUGAUACCGUAUCUGUGCAUCGACCUUCCUUCUAUGCACAGCGCUUUCAGGACUUUAUGGCCAAAACUGUUUUCAAGAAGAUUCCUUCCCUGGAUCUGCCCGAAAUCAAAGGCAAUCAUAGAAAAUUUCGCACGUUGGUCACCAGCUACAUAGCGCUAAAACACUCACCAUCCAAGAGAAAAAGUUUAUCGAAAGCAGCCCAGAGAGCAAAGAAUGAAGAAACAGAUAGUCAGCCCGUAGCCGGCAGUUCGCACCAUCAGCACCAUCACCAAAACCAGCAGUUCAACCCAACGCAGACGCAUUUCAAUCAGCACACCACGGGGACACCGAAAUCAGACGUGGACACGUCCUCUAGUGUGCACACGGCAGCCACGAUUACGACGACUUCCAGCAGCAACGGUGGCGGCGGCGGCACCGGCCAUGGUGAUACCACCACCGAGGCUGGCAAGGGCAAAGUGGCAGCAAAUGCUGCCCCGGGCCCGUUUGGUGGUGCGACAGCCGUGACGCCCACUAACAUGCCCCCGCUCAAAAAGAAAACGUCUGUCGUUAAGCAGAGCGUUCCGCCGCCGGUUCCGCCAAGAGGGUCGCCCAAGUUCAACAAGGGAGCGAGCGGUGCUCCAGGUCGCGCCGGUGUCACCGGAUCACACCCGAACCAAUCCAGUGGCCACCGGGGUCGUUCCAGUGCAGGUAAGAGACCACGGAGUAGCAUCGAGUCAGCGCAACACCACUCCACAGCCGUAUUAACCCCUUCAGGAGGCGUCGAGCACAGCGUUGUCCCGUGCCUAUACGAGCGACGAGCUAGUCAUCCAUCGACAACACUUUCGCCGGCUGCGCCGCGUAAUGCGCUUGAUGUGCACUGCCACCAAAAAAACGGUCCCGACCAGCACUAUUGUCCCAGUGAGAGUCCCUCGCCGAACAAGGUGCUAAGUUGGUUGAGCAGCAACGACUUCCGGGUGUCAGAAAAUGGUGAUGAUCUUUCGAUCGACGACCCACACGAACAGCCUGACGAAGACACAGCAACGGACGGGGCGGUGCCCACAGAAACGGCUGCGGUUCCCAAAGUUGUGGCCUUCAAGCGCAAACCGGUGGUGAUCGGAGACGACGAACGAGCGCCGAACGUGACAGAUGCGAUGAAAACGUUCGAACGCCUUUCCAACGCCAAUGGAAGCGGAUCGUCGUCGGUGCAGCUAAUGAUACGCAAUUUCGAGCGCUGUUCUGCUUCUACGAUCCUUCAGCAGGGAACGGCUCGUGUCAGUCGCUCGGAAUCGCUGUACUCGCGCAUUCCCAGUGGAGGAGCAAUGGUUAAUAGUCGCUUUACUCGGUCGGUUCCGUUUACGAUACCGAUCAUCCGUGAGACGCUGAUCGAAGAUGAGAACAACAACUGCUCUCAGGACGACCCUCACCUGAUACAACCAAAUUUCGUCCCGAUGGCGGACCAGCUCGAGCGGAAAGUGGUCGAUCCAGUGGAGGAUGAUCGGGUGGUGCUGGCGAAAAUGAAGAAUCUCGUGAAGGCGCGACGUGAACAGUUUCUGAGCUGCACCUCGUCACCAGCAUCGACGCUUGAGCGGCCAAUCUUCCGUAAAGCGAUACCGAACGGCAUUCCGAACACCGCCGUGCCCGGAGAGCACCGUCCUCGCGAACCUCCUUCACCAGUUCUUCCGGCUCGCGAUCCAGACGAAAUCCAGCGAAAAAUCGAACAGAUCGAGGCGGAAAUUCGAGCCAACGAGGCACGGCUCAGUGGAAUACCUUCGCCGCAGAAGCAACGGCCUCGACAGGACGUGCAAAGGGCCAGCUCGAUGAAGGCUACGAUCGAAACUGUACAAAACACCACAACAAGACCGCCGGCACCGAUCGGCCAUACGGCUUUAACGCAGCGUCCCACAAGAAAUGAGAGCUUCCUUGCCCGCUUGCAACCGAAAACCCAGCGCAUUGCCAAUGGUCCGGCGCACGAUGACACCACCGGUGGCAGUGGAUUGGCAGCAGAGGAGAAAGCUUCGAUUCUCCUCCGACAGAUCGGGUUGCCGCUGGACGAAAACCAUAACCUCGAGAGCUACCUCGAGCAGUUUAGUCUGGAGGGCGAAUUCGUUUGA